CACAGCAGAAACAGCUUUCCAGUGUUCGAUUUCACCUAUAAGCCAAUACAAACGGACUCUUUGCUCUCCAUUUCGAUUUGAACUUCCCAUCCUUCGCAAUGCAGAACUCCCUUCUUAUCCUUCUGGCUCUGGCGUCUACUGCCUUCACCAGUCCUCUUGAGACUUCUCUUGGCGAGAUAAAGACCCGAGAUAUCACCAUGCUCUCGGGUGAAGAAAGCAUUCUCUCCAAAAAUGCAGUUGGUGCCAUCUCCUCUAUGGAAUUUAUUGGCCCUAUUACCCCCGGCGGACCAGACGUUCAUCUUUUUGGGACGUCCAAAGCCAUCUACGAACAAAUCAUGGCACUGAACCCAGCCUACGACGUCUUUGACUUCCCAUCCGCUGCCGCCAAGCUUGAGGCCCAAGGCUUUACCAGGGAAAACAUUGGCGAAACUGACGUCCCCGCUCCUCCUGCCGUCUCUGUUACUGCCGCUCUCAAGGUUCGAAACGUACUGAAGCGUCAGGAUGGCAUCAACUGUAUGAAUCCUGAUCGAUAUGCCACCUACCCCGGUUGCACUGAAGGUAUCAAUUACCUUCGUCGCCUCGGAACGGGUGCAUGCGUUGCCGAAGCUAACAGCUGUGCGCGUGUGAGCUGCUCCUGGGAUUGUGGAAUGUGGUUGUGUGGCAAGCACGCUAGGAUCAGUGUUCACUGCCAGGACAUCGCGAAUGACGUCCAGAUCAUCCGUGCCAAAUGUUUCAAGAGAAGUGACAGCACUGGGCUUGUAUUUGCUGGAGGUAGGAGAGAGUUCUGGGGUCACAAUGUCGAGUUCAACUACAUCAACUGCUAA